CGAGUCGUUUGGCUCUAGUGUGACCUGGGGCUUUAGACGACACUGCUUGAUAUGAUAUCCACAUUUAACUUACACAGUAGGAAUGAGACUUCCACAGAUGCUUUUGCCGACUGCGCACCAAACUUCACUCGCCUGGCCCUCGUAGAGGGCCGUCUGGAGCCGCGUUUCCUUUGUUGACUGUUCUAGUGAGCAUAUAUUUUGAAGGCGCUAACUGGCGUAGCAGUCAAGCCUGUAACGAAACUCGCAUUGCAACGAGCAGAGGCACGCACGUCUGCUUCUUUACAUAGCAAACGUAGAUUUGCAUUUGCUCUGAAUCUGGAAAAGAGCCGAUUUCGGCCUGGCGUGUGUUCGGGGCCGGGGAGGUCCGACACGGAGGCCCUGCCAGCCAGUCGCCCGGGGAUGCCCCUGCCAACCAGCCCGCGGGAGAAACUGCAAUGCCCGCACACCUCUUGGGCAUUGUCAGUAGUGCUGUUGUUGAUUGCGGCAGGGAAUGCAGGAUGGGGACCGGGGCUCGCAGCAGCAGAAUCUUCCCCGGCCGAGUGCGCCAGCGCCCUCGCAGACUCCAUGGUUCGCGAGUUCGUGUUUAAUCUCGCUGGACGGGGCGUGGUGUUCCAAGACAUCGGUAACGUCACGCGCGGGCCCAUAGCCACCUUCAACUCCUGCAUCGCGCUAGCAUCCAGCUCAGUCACUGAUGUCAAGGUCGUACAGUGGAUGCUGUACCCGGGGUGGCAGGGCAGUGCUGUGUUUGAUCUCAUGCGCUACUCCGCCCGCGUCCUCAAGCUGACAAAGUACAGCUUCUUGUAUCCCGACACGCUGCCGCCGCCGGCUACCAUGGUCACGCCCGAUGACUUGGAUGCGCUGCUGCGGACGUCCAAUGCCAACUACACCAUCACGUCGCAGGACGUCUCGGGAAUGCCCCUAGCAACUUUCCUCGCUGACCCCGAGGUUCACGCGGCACGGUUGUCCAGCAUGCCUAUCUUCCACGACAUCCCAGAGAACUUCUGUGCCGAGCCGCUUGCGCCUACCGGGCCGCUUUUCCCACGCACCUUUCUGUUCACGCUGUUCCGGGCGGACGUUAUGUCGGCGUUGGCGGCGGCUGGGCUCAUACCGGGCGGAACCGGCCCGUUGAGCGAGUGGGUGGAGGUCUUGUCGCUUCUGGACGCCUACGCCUCCCUGGUCCGGCAGCAGCAAGCCGACCCCGCCUCCCUGCCCUCGAUCGUGCCCAACCCGCUGCCGCCCUUCCCAGUCUGCAUCAACACCGACUCCCUGUGCGGGCGGCAGACCGACGUCCUCGCCGCAAUCGCUGCCAGUGUCAUCCAGACCCGGGGGACGCAACAGGGCUACUUCUUGGACCUGUCGCUGCAGCCGCCGGCUGCCGUGCCAACUGUCAACAGUACGGCAUGGCGUUACGCAGCGUCCGUACUGGCGGCGCUGAUGCGGUACAAUCCCAGCGAAGCCGACCAGACCGCCGCCACCAAGGUGACAGGUGGCCUGGACGGCACGAGGCCAGCAGGCGCGCACAAGUGCCACGCACUGGCGCAAGACUUCAACAUCGGCAGGUGCCUGCUGCAGUUUGAGUUUGACAUUGAGAUUUUCAUGGGGACAAACUUCGCCCAAAUCAACAAGCCCGGCCAGUACGGCGUCGCGCCGCUGCCGGGGAGCCGCCUGGUGGCGGCGCCGCCGGGUUAUGACGUUUCGGCCGCAGCAGCAACGGCGGCAGCUGCGGGUAGCGGCAGCAGCAGCAGCAAGGGCGCGAAGUUUGGCCUGCUGGAGGGCACGGACCUCUUGCCGUGCACGGAGGAGCUUUGUGGCUUGUCCCACAACCACGACUUGCUGUAUCUGCAACCCACGAUCGAGGGCGCGGAGGUGGCUGCCGCUGCCUCGGACGCCGCGGCUGCUCUCGCUGCCGGCCGCAACGUCAGCAGCAGCAGCAGCGGCAGCCAGCGUAUCGACACAGGCGACUCGCCGCUCCCGUUGUAUGCAGAGCGGGAGCGGGUGGCGGCGGCGCGACUGAAAGCCAACCUCGGCGCCGCGGUACUGCCGCCGCUGGUGAACCGGGCACCCUACAGCGUGGCCUUAGACCAUGUGUUCACAGUCCGCUACCAAGGUGCGGGUGUGGACACCGUCAGCCUGGGCGACAUGGUUGCGAUGCAGCAGUGGUCGGUGCAGGGGUUGAGCUCGACCCGCACACGCCGCCAGGCCGCCACCGACACGCUGCGACAGGCCCUGGGCUACCAGACGGUUACUGGCAACAGCUCCAUUCACAGCUGCAAUGACUACGCCACAUGGGACUGGUGGCGCCUGUUUGCGCCCUCACAGCGCCGUGCGAUGGCAAACGCCACCUCCUCUGGCCACCGCCGCCAGCGUCAGCUCCUGCUCGACGACGCGGCGGCGUCCGCUCCCAGCCGCAACCUGUCGUUCCUGUACGCGGACUGGGCGGAUAUUGCAGCGGACGUGGCGCAGUCCGGGGGCUCCCGUGACGCCGCCGGCUUUGGCGGGCUGUACCUCCACGCGCUGUGGCACGCAACACACAGCCCCAACAUCGCGACAGACAUGCAGUCACCCACCACGAUCAACUUUUUCCGCUACGCCCUCGACCACGGCAGCAUGCUGCUUCUGCCGCCCAACAACAGCUACAACGGUAGCUACAGCCCCGUUGACGAGAUGAUCCCAGCCACGCCGGCGGCCGUGGACGCGGCACUGGGGCUGGUGGACCGCGUGUGGCGGCUGGCGGUGGCCGCUCAGGGCAACGGCACGGUGCGGCGCACCUACGAGGCAUCCAUAUCCGCCCCCGACUGGCAGCCGCCGCCGGUGGACAAUUCGGGUCUGAGCCCGGGCGAGGUUGCGGCCGUGGCGACCUCGGUGGCGGUUUUUGUGACGCUGGUGGUGGCGCUGGUGGCGGUGCUGGGGCUGGCGGCGCUGCGGCGCAGGCGGCGGCGGCGCAACCGUGACAUGCUGGGGCGAGUCGUGGCGCCCAGGGAGGGGCCGGACACGACGCUGCUCAUUACAGACGUGCAAAACUCCACCGUCCUCUGGGAGGGGCUCCCUGUCGCUGUCAUGGAUAUUGUGCUCAAGAUCCACCACGGCCUCAUCCGCGCCGUGCUGUCCAAACACGACGGCUACGAGAGCGCCACGGAGGGUGACUCCUUCAUCCUGGCCUUCGCAACGCCGCAGUCGGCUAUGGACUUUGCAACCGAGUGCCAGGUCGCGCUGCUCAAAGCCGACUGGCCGCCCGCGCUGUUGGACCACCCCGACGGCGCGCCCGUGCUGGUCCUGUCGCCUCACGACCCUCGAGACGUCAAGCACGCCAACGCCACGCUCGCGGCGCUGGGCCUGCUCUCCCCCUCGCGCAUGCUCAGCAGCCGCCACAUGUCGGGCUCGGGCGUGCACAAGCGCGGCUCCCUAGCGGGCGGCGGCAGCGGCACCGUUGGCGUGGAGCGGAGCGAGGGCGCGAUCAAGCACCAGGCGCAACAGCUGCAGCUGCACCCAGGCCGUGGCAGCCUCAAGGCCAUGCUGCCUGGCACUGGCAGCGCGUUCGGCAGCCUCGUCACAGGUGGCGUCGCCACCACCGGAAGCAGCAGCUGCAAGGAACUAUCGCUGUCACAUGGCCUGGCCAGCAGCGCUUUCACAGCCGAGUCCUCCGGCCUUGGCUCCGCCGCCCCCGCUGUCCCUGCUGGCGCCAGGCGCACGCUGGCCGCUCUCCGGCCAAGCAGCCUGGGCGUCGUAGGGCACGGCAGCUCCCCGCAGGUCCACUUGUUCGCGCCGCUCACGCCGACGGCGUCGCCCGGUGAGGCGCCCGUGCCGUCAGGCGCGGCUGUGGGUGCUGCUGGGGUCGUGCUGGAGUCUCCCUUCACGGCAGCGGGGGCGCCAGCAGCAAACACGCCUGCAACUGCCGGCCAGCCCGGCGCCGUGGGGCACCCAUCUGGUGGCAGCAGGGACACAUGCUGGGUCAGCGGCAGCGGAGUGGCGGCCCUGUUUCCGACUGUGCUGAGCGUCGGCGGGGGCAGCGCUGGCGGCGCCAACGGCGCUAUGGCAGUGGAUGCGCUGGUUGGUCCGGGCGGCUGCUCUUGGAAGGAGUUGUUGGGUGCCGCGUUUCCGGUGCUGCCAAUGGAAACACCGGAGGGCCGCCGUCUGGCAAUGCUGCUCGGCGCUGGCGGAGGCGGCAGUGGCGGAGGUGGAGGUGGCGGAGGCGGCAGCCGCCGGGGCAUGAGCGGCCGCAGCGGCUCGCUUGGCGGCGGCGGCGGCGGCGGCGGGGGAGAGGGCGGCGACGAGGAGGGGGAGGAGGGGCAGCACCGCGCCCACACGGGUUUGGAGGAGGUGUUUGGAUCCAUGACCGGCGCGGGGGCGCAGCUGCUGCAAGGGGAGGGCUGGCGGCCUGGCCCAUAUGCGCCGUGCGUGCACCUGCCGGACGGGCGGCUGGCUGUGGUGGCGUUCCGCGGGCUGCGAGUGCGCAUGGGCUUGCACACCGGCCUGGAUGAUCCAGAAUCGGUGGCCUUCAACAAGGUGUCGAGUGCGUACGCCUACAAGGGUCAUUUUGCGGAGCUCGCAAAGCUGGUCAGCGACGCUGCGCCCGGCGGACUCAUCUCAUUGUCCUCUGCCGCCUUUUCCCGGCUGCGUAACACACGCUCCACGACCGGCAGCGACAGCGGCAGCAGCACCGCCGGCGACAAGGCGGCUGCCGCCAGCGCCGCCGCAGAGGCGGCGGCGGCAGAGCAGGCGGGCGGCUUUCUAGCCGAGGGCGAUGACGAGGGUGGCGGAGGAGCCACCGCCCGCCACUCUGCCACGGGCGCCGCCGCCGCUGUCGUCAAGGAUUCCGUCUCAAGCUUCCUCUCUGGGAUUAAACAUAUGUUCGGCUCGCGCCGAGCCGCCGCGGCAGCCGCGGCGGCGGCCGCCGCUGCCUCCAGUCGUGGCGCAGUGAUUGUGUUUGCCGGCAGGCAUAUGCUGUCGGCGGAUCCAAAGCCCAAGGAAGCCCCGCCGGUGCCGCGGUCGGGCGGCGGGGCGCUGGGCUCCAGCAGACGGCACCGCUUCAGCCGGCUGCGCUCUGGUGCCAGUGGCCUAAGCGGCGCAGCGGCGCCGGGCGCUGGAACGACGGGUCCGACGGUGACGUUGGCUCUGGCGGGACCCGUGGCGGAGGCGACGCUGGCGCUGGAAGAGGUCUCGCCCGACUCCGAUAACGAGCUCGGCGCGGGCGCGCAGCAGGCGGCUGGCCAAAUCGGCGGCGCUGCUGCUGAUGCCAAUGACACGGUUGCUGCCACCGCGGCCGCGCGAGUCCAUGCCCAGCAGCAGCAGCUACAGCCGCAGCUACAGCCGCAGCCACAGCUACAGCCACAGCCGCAGCUACAGCUGCAGCUGCCGUCAGCAGCGGGGGUCCAGUCCAACGGCCGGCACAAUCACGCAUCACUGCAGCACCAGCACCAGCACAGACAGUUCGGCCGCUCCAUCGACCGCGGCGCGCUGGCAGGCAUGCUCGCAGAGGCCCUGGUGGAAGCCGCCUCCGCCACCCAGUCCGCCAUCGCCGCCGGCGCCCAAGGCACCCACGGCACCAACAGCGCCCACGGCGUCGCCGCUGCAGCUGUCGCCGACGGCACCGGGACUGCCUCGCCGCUGCCGCCGCCUCGGCUGCGCCACGUUGGCGAACUGCUGGCGCUGAUGCAGCCCGAGAGCUCCGAGCUGGUGUUUCUGGCGGUGCACCCCUCGCUGGUGUGCCGCCUGGCGCUGGCGGCGCCGCUGCGCGUGGUCCGGCCCUGCGCGCAGGGCAGCCUGGCAGCGCCGGUGCUGCGCGUGACUGUGGUGUUCAUGAAGGUGGCCGGCGCGGCGCUGCUGCUGCAAGACCUGCCCGGCCCGGCCGCCCGCGCCCUGGAUGCCUUUUUGCGUCUAGCGGCAGGCCUGCUGGGCGCCGCGGGCGGGUAUCUGGUGGAGGGCGGCGACGGCCUGGCCCUGGCCGUGUUCGCCAGCCCGGCAGCUGCGACCCGCUGGGCCUUAGACACGGUGGCGGCGCUGAAGCGCUACCCCUGGGAGGAAGCACUGCUGUCGCACGAGCUGUGCGCGGAGGAGCUGGCCAUCGGCGGGGCGGUGGCGGUCUCCCACACCGCCAGCCAGGCGGGGGUGGCGGUGGGCAGCGGCCCAGGAGGAGGGGGCGGCGGCGGCGGCGGCGGCCUGCCGCACCAGUCCCGCUCGCCGCACUCGUUCACGUUGCAGCGGAGCCGGACCAUCAUGCAGGCGGGGCCACGGAUCAAGUGCGGCCUGGACGUGGGUGAGGUGACGCACACGCUGACGGAGGCGUCCGGGCGGCUGAGCUACCGCGGCCGACCCAUGAAUCGCGCCGCGCGCAUUGCGGGCAUCUGCGCCGCCGGCCAGGUGCUUGUGAGCGGCGACGUGUGGGCGGCGGCGUGCGAGGAGGACGCCGGUAUGGCUUAUAGCUACAGCGGCAUCAGCCUGGGAGCCAUUCCGCUAAAGGGCGUGGCGCAGCCCAUCGAGGUGGUUGAGGUGGUGCGAGAGUCGGAGCAGUAGCAGCAGGCGGCAGUAGCAGCACAGCGGCAGUGCGCGACGGCGGCAGUAGCAUACCCGCUGCUGCGGCAGCAGCACAACUUCACGCAGGCGCAGAGGAACUGCAGCAGCAGGCGCUGCAGAAUGGGCGUCCACGUGCACAGAUGCAGACUGGCGAUGCGCCAGCGGCUAACGAACGAAUUAGCCGCCUUCUCGAGCGUUCAACUGGUUUCCAUGGGACUGCUGCGAUCGCUUGGCAUGGAGCGGGCGCCCCGCCGUACCGAUCAUGCGGUGAUACGCGAUAGACUGAAAACAGCUGAUGAUAUAUUAAUGGGAUUCGCCAUGGAGAAGGUGUGGCCCUGGACAGAGGGGAAGGGACCAUGGACAACAAUGGUGCUGAGGCUUCUGAAAUGUGUGCUUCAGGUCUGACUUGCACAUGGAUGCGCGCUGAUCAGUCUGCCAUUUUCCAACAGGGGUGUCCCUGUUGCCCAGCCUGAACGCACUUCUGCCUGGGCGUGCGAAGGAUGGUGCUGUGGAUUGCUUUUACAUUUGCCGGUUGCGCUGCAAGGUUUGCGUGUUUUGAGCCUGCCAUUCAUUGCAAUGAGGAGGCCGGAUGUCUGGUGCGAUUGCCCGUCCUUGAACAAACUGAGGCGCAAGGGCCCAAAAACCCCGGGCGACGGGUUCCAUGGUGUGUGUGUUUUUAUGUGGGCCGCUCUGCCCGGCUCAUUGCGUCACUCUGCAGCCGGCAGCGGAGCCCUCCGCUUCCAUUUUACCCUGUUCCAACGUUUAGCUGAUAGUAAAUGAACGGCUUUGAGAAAGAGCGCCUUAUGGUGCCGCACACACGAAAUGGGCGGUGACUUGGGUGCGAGUUUAGCAGGGUGCUGCGCAGUUCGAUUAAGCAGGAACCUGCUGUUGUUCUACCUGUCGAGCCGCGCUGGUGAAAACGUGCUGAGAGCCCAUGAACGUUACUGAGACUGGACGCUCCCCAUUUUUUGCACUCCGAAGACUUGGAACAAUGAGGUUGCGGCGUUGUUUUGGAUAUGGGUGCACGUUGCACGUCAAUGGAGAACGCACGGCCCGGUUAUUUAUUGCACACCAGGACAUCAUGCCCUACGCGCAGGAAGGGUGCGUCAGGAUCGUUGCGUGGCUGCAAAGCAUCCGUUUUAUUACACUUGGCUCAACAAAGGCAGUGCCGUCUGUCCACGUGCGCAGACCUUGGUUUUGGCAGUUGCUUGCCUUAGUGCUGAAUUAGAUACACCGCUCGGCUCCCGGGCAGGUUUGAGUGUCCGCAAUGCAUGCGGGAUGCUGCCGCACAGCUGAGCUCCCACACUACCCAGCUACUACUGCUUUGCUUGAUGCCUGCUGGGGACUAUCGGGAACCCAUGUAUUGUGUUAAGAUCCCUUUGUGGUCACGUGGGGCUAGACAGCUUUGAGGAAUUUCUUCAGUAUUAGUCUCCUUACACACCUCCGGUUUAUAUUAUUUCAAAUCCACGCCAGGCCUUUACGGACUUGCAUCUUCGCUCAGCCUUCACAGCGUGGGCGUACGGUCUGUACUCUAAGUGGCUUAAGUGGUCUAGUUGGUGGACAGAUGAGUGAGGAUCAUACACUAGUGCUCAAAGCGGGAGUAUACAUUUAUACGGCAUGAGUGUACGGUACAGCUGCGGGUCCCAGCACCGCCGCGCGUCCGUUGAUGGACGCAGCUGUGUUUUAUAGGGCGCCCGAGGGCACCGCUUUAAGUAUCUAAUAUGUUUGGCUGGCUGUGAUGCAUCGUAUUUAGCUUAGAAGGAGAGGCCUGCUAGGACCAGCUGGCAGCAGCUGGUACGCUCAGGUGCCGAGGCCCUGCGGUCUGCCUGCCACGGUGACUUGGGCGGGUCGCGUGCUAAUGAAACUUUGGGGAGAGCUGACGUAGCUAUCCAUGCGGGGAAAGGCUUGUGUUUUGGCCUUCAAGCUUGGGAAUGUGCGUCCCAGUAACACAUAACGGGGCUGGACGGAGCCGCACAUUCGCCUCAAGCUGUCAGGAGCCUGCUUGGGCGACGUACAGUACGUCAGAGGUGUCUUCCACUAAACUCCUCCGACCUCCGGACAUGGCUAAGGCUGUGAGAGUUGCCAUCGGAGUCGCCAACUGGCGAGAACAAUUCU